AUGGCUCCUCUAGACUUCACCAGACUUCAUCCCUCUUAUCAACCUCAAUUCUCUCACUUCCCUUCCCGGAGAUCAACGAUAUUUUCCACAAAGGGGGUGGUAGCUACUUCCCAGCCUUUAGCAUGCCAAGCUGGUCUGGAGAUCCUGAAUAAAGGUGGUAACGCUGCCGACGCUGCCGUUGCUACUGCUGCUGCUCUGAAUGUCACCGAACCAUCGUGUACCGGUAUUGGAGGUGACAUCUUCUGUCUCUUUUACGACGCCAAAUCAAAGACUGUCAAAGGUAUCAAUGGUUCAGGCAGAUCACCUAAAGCGUUGACAUUGGAAUAUCUAAGGAAGCAAGGUAUAACUGGAGACAGUAUUCCUCUGACCAACCUCAACUCCGUUACUGUACCAUGUGCAGCAGCGGGAUGGCUAAAGACCAUCUCAGAGUUCGGUUCAGGUAACCUGACAAUGAGGGAGAUCUUGGAUCCUGCGAUUAGGUUGGCUAGGGAGGGCGUGCCGGAACAUGAGUUGAACAGUAAUGCUUGGCAGAAGUCUGAACAACUCAUCAAAAACGCAUCACCAAAUUGGAAAGAAAUGAUGAUGCCAAAUGGAAAACCUCCACAGCCAUCACAUGUGAUGCUCCACUCCGAAUUGGCUGACACUUUCGAAGCUGUCGCCGAACAUGGACGAGAAGGCUUCUACAAAGGGCGAAUCGCUCAAGCCAUCGUCGAUCUCGUCCAGUCAGGUGGGGGAGUCAUGACCCUCGAUGAUCUAGCCGAGUGCGAUGCCGAAGUUAUCCAGCCGAUCAAAUACGAUUUCAAAGUUGGUGAUGCGGGAGAUCAAGGCGUAUCCUUAUGGGAGUGCCCUCCAAAUGGUCAAGGUCUGACUGCUCUAGUUGCGCUAGGGAUAGUAGAGGCAGUAGAAAGUCAACAUGGUAUUGACGUCUUGGAAAUACCCCAUAAUUCUACUUUAUACCUACACAUCUUGAUUGAAGCCUUGAGACUUGCUUUUGCGGCCAGAUACUAUGUGACCGAUCCUGAAGUAGUGCACGUUCCUGUCAAAGAGCUUCUGUCAAAGGAAUACCUCAACAAACGAGCUGCUCUGAUUGAUCUCAAGAAAGCAGGUCAAAUCACUCAUGGGGAUCCUAUCAACUCGAGUGAUACAGUGUACUUGGCAACAUCAGAUAAAGAUGGGAACAGUUGUUCUUUCAUUGCAUCGAAUUAUGCUGGCUUUGGAACCGGUGCUAUCCCCAAAGGGACAGGUUUUACUCUACAGAACCGAGGAACCGGAUUUACGUUAGAGGAAGGUCAUCCUAAUAAUAUAGCAGGUGGUAAACGACCUUAUCAUACGAUCAUACCUGCUAUGGUCACUCAGAAUGGAGAGCUGUUGAUGUCAUACGGAGUGAUGGGAGGGUUCAUGCAACCCCAGGGUCACGUCCAAGUCCUUUUAAACAAACUACGUGGAUUCUCUCCACAAGCUUCUCUUGACGCACCUAGAUUCUGCAUCUCAGCUGGUCUACCCGAUACUUCCAAAAAAGGUUCUCUAGCCGGAGCAGGCGAUAUGAACAGUGAAAUAUGGUUCGAAGAUGGAAUUUCUCCCCAGACUGUCGAUGAAUUGAGAGCUCUGGGACACCGAUGUGAAGUUGCGAGUGGAUUUGCUAGGUCUAUAGCUGGGAAAGGGCAGAUUAUUCAGAGGGUGACUGAUCCGAAUGGAAGGAGGGUUUGGGCGGCGGGGUCGGAUUUGAGAGGUGAUGGAUGUGCUGUUGGGCAGAUCUGA